GUGAUGUCACCUAGUGAUGCACAUGACCGAUGAUGGAUCCACCUACCAAUGGAUUAUGAGGACACCGAGGACCUGGCGUCCCUUGCUGGUUAUAUCUGGGCAUCCCACCUAGCCAGUGCCAAACUCCAGUUUUUGUAGCCACCAACAUGGAGGGACCAUGGGUGGGCACCUGGAGGCCUCAUCCCCGACGUGGCCCCAUUCUGGCAGAGUUCAACACUCCAGGACCUAAAUACUGGAUCCCUGGGACAACAGGUCACACGUCUCACGAUCCCACCAGAGACAGAGCCCCUGCAUACACAUUUAGAGGGGCCAAAGGUCUAGAUGCAGAAAGCUGCUCUCCAGGUCCUCGAUACUUCAUCCAUCCCUCCAUCACCAAGAUUGGGAAAUAUGUGCCUCCAUCAGCACACCUGAUCGGACGUCCCAAAACCAAGUCUGAGGUCACCCCUGGACCUAGUGACUAUUCCACAGAAAAGGCUGACAAACAUGUCUACUCUAAUGCACCGGUACAGUCCAUGGUCUUCCGGCACAAGCUCAGUGAUGCUCUCCAAACACCAGGUCCUGGUGCCUAUACCCUUCCCAGGCUGCUGGGACCCAACACAGUCUACACUCAUGCCAGCCCAUGCUACUCCAUGAGAUUCAAGAGUAUGUACAACAGCUGUUUUCAAGACCUGGCUAAGACGCCAGGUCCUGCGGCAUUCCCCAAGGUGGAACUGGAUGUCUACAAAAAGAGGGCUCCCAAGUACACAAUGGGACUAAAAACUAAACUUACUGACAAGACCCUGCGUCCAGGGCCAGCAGACUACAGCGUGGGAAAAGUGACUCUGAUCAAGCCCCGAGAACCUGCUUACACUUUCGGACUUCGUCAUUCCCUCUACAAAGCUGCUUUAUUACCUCGGAUGCCUCCUGAAUAAAACCAGAUACCUCCAAAGAU